GUCCUCUCUGUCUGCCAGGCGAACAAGGAUGACCUCGAGGCUCUUCUCCACCCCGAGUCCGGCUUCGCGCCGAGGCUCCGUGAAAUAUGCGAGCAGCAACUAGCAGAGUUGCAGGACGCAGCCGGCGUGGACAGUUCGGUCUCAAUACCUGCACUCGAAGCCCUGAAGAUGGAGAGCGACACAUGGGCGCUGCUACAAUCCCUCAUGUCCCUACGAAAAACGACGCCCCCAGAAUUCCCCCAUCCGCGCGAACUGCUCGCCACGAACCCAUAUACGCCACCCGCCACGCUCGCCCAGUCUAUCAUGCACUCCUCCCCCCUCCUCUCCGAACUCGUUGUCGUGCGCGAAUGGCUGCACGACUCCGCACCCUCCCCGGCCAGUCUUGACCCCGGCGCUACUAACGGCUAUUGGCGGUUUACGCGAAACGCGGUCCUGCAAGGGAAGCGCACGGGCAAAACGGGCGCGGGGUUGGUUGAGGAGCUCGAUCCGGACGCGGUGAACAGGGAUGAAGUGGACGAGAAGGGACUUGCGCCCGAUGAUGCGGCGUACGAGAAAGCCGUCAUUCAAGCACUAUAUGCCCACGUCCGCGCAGGCCAACUCGAAGAGGCCGUGGAGCUUUGUCGGAAAGCAAACCAACCAUGGCGGGCGGCUAGCAUCCGCGGUGCCCUGCUCUUUCAAUGGCGUGCUAUCGCGAACGAGCCUCGCGAAGCGAACGCGAUGGACGACGAGGACACGGAGGAGGCUCAGCAAUGGCACGGCAACGUCCGCAGGCGAUUAUGGAAGAAGAUAUGCUCACAAGCAGCGCUAAGCAACGCCCUGUCUCCGACAGAACGGGCGUUGUAUGCAGCCCUUGCGCCCACUACCCAGACUUCAACAUCGCUCAAGGCGGUCGCGCGGACGUGGGAGGACCACCUAUGGGCGCUCGUCAGUCUCUCGUGUGAGGAGCGUUUGAGCGUUGGGUUGUCCGCGAUCGAGCGCGAGUGCUUCUGGGAGAACGGGCUCGGCGCGCUUGAGACUGGCGCCGCGGCCCUUGCGACAGAGGGUGCAGAGGAGGACGUCGAUGAAGAGUGGGAGCACGAGGUCAUGCAGGCACUCGAGUCGCUGGCCAACGUGCAGACUGCCGAAGGCGCACCCGCGGACAACCCGUACCAUGUUUCGCAGCUACAUAUCAUCCUCGACCGGACUGAUGCACUGCUCGAGGCCUUCGCGGGCGGGCUUCAAGAAGGCACCUACGUCUCAUCCCCUGAGUACACGACAAUGACGCGUUUCUUCGCGCAUCUAUGCUUGUUCCUCCAGAUGAUCGACAUGCCUGUUUCACCAUUCGCAGCACAAAUCAUCCUCGAGGCGUAUCUGCAAGUACUCGAGGCAGCAGGGCAGCGUGAGCUUAUUGCCAUGUACGCGGGAGCACUGGGCGACAAUGCGGUUGAGCGGUACGCGCUUUUCCUCACGUCCCUCGAGCUUUCUGCGGACAUCAACGAGCGCCGGCUCGCGCUCACGCGUGCGCGGGAGCACGGGCUUGACAUCGAGCGUGUCGCUAUCGUCACUGCGGAGAGGACGAUUGAGAAGGCGUUCACUAUCCUUGCACCAACCAAGGGUCCAUUGCCGUAUAUCAGCGGGAUGGAACCUCCACCGACUGACCCAGAGUGGUUGCUCGUGCGGUCUAUCGAGUGGACGACGUUCCUCGAGACCACGUACGACACUGCGCUCGAGCAGACGAAUGUUAUCCUGCGCUACUUCCUCGGCCACGGCCGUGUACAGGUAGCACGAAGCCUUCUAGACAUGCUCCCCCCAGAGCUAGGCACGCUUCGCGAGCCCGAAGAAGAAGCGACGGAGUACAUGCACUACCGCCAGUUCUUCGGUGUGUGGGACGCGCUCGCCCGCGUCACUGAGUGCGAGGCGCUCGAGCAGCCGCAGAUGAACAAGGACACGCGCGCCGCGUGGCUAAGCGACUACAAGACGUUGAUCGAGCAGGCACACGAACAGGUCGUGAAGCUGCUCACAACGGAGUGGCUUGUCUCCGAUGCAGAUUCGCGCGCAAAUGCUGCGAAGCGCGCCCGCGACCUCGUCCGCAUCCGCCAGAUCUACAUCCCGGAGCUCAUCGUCCGCCUCCACGCGACGCUCGUCAACUCGCGCAGCAGACUGCCAGAAAACCUCAAGCAUGCGCUCUCGCUCGUCAACGUCGUCGCGGACUCGCGAUACCGGCUGUACGACGAUUUCUCGAGCCAGGUCGGGCGGCGGCUGGGCGACUACCUCGGCGCGGUGCGCCAGGCCGUGCUUGCAGGCCUCGAGGGUGGCGGCUCAGACCCGUUCAGGAUCCUCACUGUGUAGGCGUACGUACAUAGCUAUGUUGUCAGUGGUGCUCUUUCUGGUGUUAC